ACCACACCCUGCCAGGAUACAAUAUUUUUUUAAAAGCAUGCCCAGCCUUGGAUGGAAAACCGCUUGAGGAGAGUUUGCUGCCUUAUUGGGUUCUGUAAACCCCUUAUCUCUGCACAAGGCUGGAACUUUGAGUCGAGUCCUUGGCUGAAGCUCUCAUUGCUCCAUGGCGACCUUUAUUCCCUCUCCUGCUUAAAGCUUUUGUUUCAGAAUUUUGACCCAAAUGCAUCUGUGUUGAAAGCCAGGCUUGGUCUGUCAUCUCAGGACUCUGUGUCCGUCCUUUUCCUUGCCUGUGUUGAGUUGGGGCUCAUCUUUAUGCCUCUGGGAAAUAAAUUCUUUGAUAGCUUGCUUAGGUUCUCAGUACUUUCCCUUGCCCUUAGAAUGAAUACAAAAAAUGUGGCCUGCAGUGUAGGCUGUGAACAGCUAUCAGUGUAGACUGCUCAGGCCUCCUUUUUGUUCCUGGAGUCUGCCAUGCUUCCUUUUACCACCAGGCCUUUGCACGUGCUGCUGUCUGCUGGGAAUGCCUUGCCUUUCCUCGUUACUUAGUUCUCAUCUUUCAGGCGCCAGCUUGACUGUCUUCAUCAGGGGAGCCUUCUCUGACCUUGGUACACCAGAUCAACCCCCAUGUGUUGACUUUGUCUCACUGAAUCCUUGCCCAGAGUCCAGCGCCUCCUUCCUGUCCAGGAUCACCUUCUGGUGGAUCACAGGGUUGAUUGUCCAGGGCUACCACCAGACCCUGGAUAGCAGUGGCUUCUGGUCCUUAAACAAGGAGAAUUUGUCCUUGGAACAAGUCGUGCCUGUUUUGGUAAAGAACUGGAAGAAAAAACGCACCAAGUCUAGGAAGGAUGCCCAGGAUACAGGCCUUCAGUCAGACCCAGAUGGUAAAUGGAAAUGUGGGCCAUCCAUGGUGCCAACCAGUAGGACAUCAGCAGAGGACCUUGUGACCCUGGUGGAAGGCUGUUUGGUCCAGGUGAUCGAAGAAAUUAUCUCGUGGGAGACAGAGCUUGGACCUCCGUGGCUGAGCAUUGUAUGGAAAUGGCCCAUGUCCUUGACCCAGUUGAAGGUCAUUUGCAGGCAGAGCCUCACCUGCGGUGUUCUCCCUGCUAUGAAUGCCACAUUUGUAACAUGGACUUCAGCAUUCCUCAUCACCAACGCCUCUGCUGAUUGCCUGGCUUGGCUUCCUUUCAUGAAAGAAGGAUGCCCACCUUUGUGUUCCCUGGAGCUUGCCAGUGGAUGACCAGUAUUUGUUCAGCACCUGCUGUGCAUUGUUUUAUGUACUGAGGAUACAGCAGCCCACCUGGAGCUGACAUUCUAGUGGGGAAAGAAAAAUUUCUCUAAAGGAAGGCUAUUUCCUUGUUAUUCUGAGCUGUGUCCAAGGAACAGCGCCAACACCACCGGAGUACUCCUGAGAAGGGCAGAAUCCCACACGUGCUGAAUGAGAAUGUCCAUUUUCCAGAAGCUACUCAACUAAUUCAUGAAAAUUUGGAUGCUCUGUUCUACACUAAUGUGCUUCCACAUUUGUUUACCUUAAUUGCCCAUCUGGAACUUAGCCUCAAUUUCUUCCCUGUUAAGGCAAUGAAUUUAAUUCUGUAUUAUAAGCCAUAAUGUUUCUAGUAAACUUUUCAUCAGGCUGUACCUCCUCUAACUUUCUCUUCAUGAAUCACAACACUAUUCAAUUAUGUUAAUCUGGCCUAUAUGAUACUAUCUGAUGAAGUUAUAACAUUCUCUAUAAAACUAAAUUAUGGCCAUACAUGGCUGACCAUUUAUGGUGAUAAUCAUCUAUGGCAGAUAAAACACAGGUCUGUGUGGUGAGGUACCUCCAUCCUUAAUGCCUCUCCAAUAGUGAGAAUGACAGCAAGAGCAGGAAAAUUUACUCUCAUUCUCUGACACAUUUUGGUGCUGGAAGCUGACAUUACCUUCUUUCCUAUUUCUAUCAUCCUGCUCUUCCUUCCACAAAUAAAUUUGACUUUACUACCCUCCUUUACAUACACCUGCAUACUGUUUCUUCAUUUAUUCCAUGUACACUCUGCCUUCCUCAUUCUUUCUCUCUCAUUCAUUUCCUCUUCCCUCUUUCCUGACUUGCCUCAGAUUUUAGAGUAUCUUAAAACGAAAACUAAUAAUUCAGCUCCUUUAAUGGUACUCUCAAUAGACUCAACUACUGAGUCCUGAUUAGAUACACAACUUACCAAAAUUUUACUUCUCCUUAUUAUAUAUUUAAUAGAACAUUUUCUUUAGCUAUUUGAAUAUAUUGGUGCUCAUAUUUUUUAAAAAAAAUCCAUCAAAUUACUUUUUAAAUAAAAUAGUAUUCUUACCUUCUCCUUUUACAUUGACUAUACUGUAUUUUUUUUUAAGGUCUAGGUAAAGGCUGUGACACUUUCUUGGGGAUAUACUGUUGAGGUAAUAUCAAGCAUGAGUUUCCGUUUACAAAAUUAUAAUGAGUUGCAUAAAGACUUUAUUAAUUUUUUCUCUUUUUUUGAAAAAGGGUCUCACCCUGUCACCCAG